AUGGCUUCCAUCCAAAGUAUGUCUGGGUUUGGUGCGCAUGGCUCGGCCAAUAAAAUAAGCAAGUCGAGAGCUAAAACGGCGGUCAAGCCCAUUUUGAAGAAACUAUCUUCGUCACAAUCAGAAAAAACUUCAUUAGAUCUGGAUAGGGCAUGGUCGGACCAAGAUGCGCCACAUCGAAGUCACGAGAGUCGGACGGGAGGAGUGGUAGUGAUAGGAGGAGCGGGAAUAGGAGGUGGAAGUAGUGGAAGCGGAGGUGGAUUCUACGAACAGUCGAGUAAGGACACGAGCCUCACAUUUAACGAUACGGUGGAAACUCGCCGAUACAAUCACUCAAGAUCAAUAAGUGGCACUAGUCACAUCUCUGUCGCGACAUCGAGCAGCUCAGGACCGCGUCACCAGGUCGGAACACCGUUUGUGCAUCCUUUCCAACAAAUUCCUCGAACGGCGACCCCACCAUUGUCAUAUGCGAAUUCGCAAACAUCCUUUUUCGAUAUCACCGAAGACGAGGAUAACGACACGGACAACAAUCCUAAUAACAACAGUAGCAGUAGUCGGAAUAGCCUUCACAAUCACCCUACGAGCCCCCAUUCACUUUCGCAACCAUCUUUGGGCUUGCGACGCCCAUCCAUAACCACCAGCCAACGUACUUCAUCAUUUUCCGAUGUACACAAUGCGUAUCCUUCUUCGCCUCACCCUCCACACCAACCGCCCUCCCUCCGAAUCAAUACUUCACGCAUCGCAUCCACUACUCCAGCACAAUCUUCGCGCCUGGCCAACGUUUCGAGUCGAUCAGAUAUACACCUUGAUUGCAUGUUAGAGUCGCCUAGCUCGGUAACAAACGCCGCAUCUAAUCUUGUUGGUUCCCCGGCGAGCUCUACGGCCCCUAUGUCCCCUUUGCGCUCUUCGUUCGACGCCGCCGGUUUCCCACGCUUGCGCGCCAAGUCCGAUCUCGACACCGCAACUCGUGCAGAACAUCUUCGAGAGGCUCGCCGUAAGUUCGAGCUAAGGGAAAAAGCGAAAGAAGAGAAGUAUGCGCGAGAGGAGAUCAAGCGUAGGGAACGAGCUGAUAACAAGCGCGCCCACGAAUUAGAGAAGCAUGCGGCCGCAUUACACAAGGAGCAUAUGGCGGCAGUGGCUCGUCAAGAAGCAGCUGAGCUAGAAGAAGCGAUCGCUCGUGGAAAGCACAAUAGGAAAUUCAGCGCGGCGAGCAGCGGGCGACCGAGUUUAGCGAUUUCUCGUACUAGCAUGUCACGACCUGGUACAUCAAGGAAGAAUGCGCCUAGCCCUCUAGGGGAAGCUGAGAGAUUCGCUAGUAGUAACUACGAUAGUCUUGACGCGAGAAGCCCCCCAUCUUUCGGUAACGAGGCCGGUGGUGCGCAAAGCGUUGUUUUUCAAUCUUCAAAGAGAAAAAACAAGGCUAAAAAGAAGACUCAGAGUACUUGGACUAUGUUCAUAUUGUGGUUACGAACUAAGUUGCUUCGAGCUAGCAAAGGUCGUUAA